UUUCAUCCAGUGUUAGAGUAUAUCGGUUUCAUGGUUACAAUGAUUUUUAUAAAAUUGCUUAACGUUUUAAAUUUUUUUUUCGCAUUGGCUUUUUCUGCGGGGUUGUUUUCUGUGUUACGACCCAUUCAACACUCAUACCGACUGACAAAGUUACAAAGUGUAACAUCCAACAAAUCUAUUGGAAAUUCCUAUGCUGAGUACGUUCAAUAUUAUGAUAAACAGUUCAUUAACUUAAAUUGUACAACAUAUUUGAAAGUAAUACCAUACCGAGGCUAUAUUGAGUUGAUAAAAUGCAAAGAAUAUUACAUGGAUUGUAAAAUACAUAAAGUUAUGGAAAUUACAAACAUAUGUGAUAAAGUCGAAUAUGGCUUAUCUUUGAUACAAAUUGGCUAUCGUAAUCGUGAAAUAAAAUGUCCAUUUCAGAUGUUUGAAUGUUGAGAUCAAUGAAAUAGCUUACAAUUUGAAACAAAACUGUGAAUAAUAGUCUAUAAAUAUUACUUUUCAGUGAACACUAUAUUUGUAAAAAACUUUAUAAUGCAAAUAUCCGUAUAUGGUAGUUGGUAUUAAUCAACUAAUAGAUCGUUCUUCGUGUUAAUUUUUUUUGUUGUAGCUUACAUAACACUCAUUACACUUAAUAAAUUCAUAAAAAAAUCAUGAUUAAAUUUUAAUUUAAAAAAUUAGUUUAUAAACAUGGAUUAUAGUUACUAAAUCUAGGGACCACGUGAUUAAUAAUAUUAGUUUUCACAAAUAAUGAGUAUUAUGAUUUAUUUUUAAACUGUUAAGUUGUUCAAAAAAUCUUGCUAGUUAAAUUUUGCAAUAUUUUAUAUUGUAACGCUUUACCGAAGAAUAUGUUAGAAAACGAAAAUAAAUACACUAAAAAAAAUUAAAAAACAACAAAAAGUCCAUUAGAAGACAAUUUCACAUUCCGUUUAAGUACGAACGAUAAUUUCUCAAAUGCACAUCUGAAUUAUUUUAAAAUUAACAAUGAAAGUAUCUUAUAAAUUUCUUCGUUGGAAUAAUAAAAAAUGUCUGUUUUGAUAGCAGAAAAUUCAGUUCUAAUGAUUUAUAUUUUUAUUUUAUUUAUGAAUACAUCACAUACGUCAAGCACACAUACAUUCUACGAGGGUCAAUAACACUAAAAGUAUUAUAUUAUUAAAACUAGACAAAAUUAUACUAGUUCGUUGCAACGUAUCCAAAACAUAUACAGAGGAGUUUAUUUAGAUAGUUAUAAUAUAAUUAAACUACCAGAUAUUCUCGAUAAAUGCAUUUACAGUAGUAAUUAUGCUUAGAACAAUAUUUUAUUUUUUCACAUAAUUUGCUGAUAAAAUAUUUGAAUUUUAUUGUAAACAUUCAAGUUAAAUUCAUAAAUAUCCACAAUUUCUUACAUUAUUUUAUCCAACUCAAAGCGAGUGGUAUAAUCUGAUAAUGAACGUUUUGUGUUAUUAUCUAAAGAAUUAACAUUAAUAGCGAUUUGAUUAGUCAAUUAGCACGAUUGAAUUUAAACAAUAAUCUUAGUCACGCAUGAAAUCCCAUAGCGAUUUUUUAAAAAAACUUUACCAAAACUAAAGUUAACAUAGAAUAAUUUUAUUCCUUUUUUAAUUUUGAAAUACUUCAAGAUUUACCUACCGAUACC